AUGAUCACGAACGAAGUCGUGGAUAACAUCUUUAACAAUCACAGCCACAGAAUCUCACAAUGGAAUCGCGAUGUUUUGAGUUCCCCAUUGUUGCAGGAGUAUGCUGAUGCCAUCCAUACAAAAGGCAGUCCUCUAGAAAACUGUUUUGGGUUUAUUGAUGGGACAAUGAGGUCCAUAGCUCGUCCUAAUCAACAACAAAGAAUUGUGUAUAAUGGUCACAAGAGAGUUCAUUCAUUAAAAUUCCAGUCUGUCGCUUUGCCAAAUGGGCUCAUUGGGAAUAUGUAUGGCCCUGUUGGUAAGUUACUCAUGCACAUUGUUUGUCAUAUAAAUUUUACCCAGAUACUCACAUUAGAGUAUUUUUUCCUUUGGGGGUGGGGAGGGAUGCAGAGGUAGGACAACUGGGUUUGUAAUAUAAGCAGUUUUUUUUAAUCAUACUUUUUUAUAACAUGCCUUGGACAGUAAUGAAUAAUAUUGACUAUUACCAUUAACAGUCAGUAUUAUUAUUAUUGUUAUUAUUAUCAUUAUUAUUAUUAUUAAUUACUAUAUCAACCUGUCUCACAAAGAAACAUUUCUGUCAUUAUUUUUCUUGCAGAAGGUAAAAGGAAUGAUGCUAGUAUGCUGGUGGAAUCCAACCUCCUCCAUGAGCUUGAGCAAAAUGCAUUUUCUCCAACAGGCGAGCCUAUGUGUGUGUUUUGGGACCCUGCGUAUCAUUUAGGAGUUCACCUACAAGCACCAUAUCGUAAUGGCAUUUUAACUCAAAUGAUGGAAGCAUACAAUGCUGAGAUGAGCUCUGUCAGAGUUACUGUUGAGUGGCUGUUUGGCAAUAUCAUUAAUGAUUUCAAAUUUUUUGGAUUUUAA